AUGGAUACAGUGCAUCCAGAAUGUGGGCUUCAGAGCGAGGAGACUAGUAAACCUCGACCUAUGUGGAAAACCUUGUCGAAGGUUCACCGUUGGCUAAACGUACUGCCUAAUCACGACUGUAGCUACAUACUUCUCUCAGAAGCCAGAUGUGGGACACUGUAUGGCUCUGAGUUGCUUACAAACCGAGUUAAACGCAUAUCAGAUGGUCAAAACUAUGUCAUUCCCGGGAAUCAGUCACUUGAUUCACCCCUGUGGCUUGAUCACAAAGUGCUUGUUUGGAGCGUCGUCUGUAAUGAAACAACUCAAAUUUGGUCGAUGGAUAUGGAGAGUGCUUCUCCAAGGGAACAGAUGAUUGGAUGCGUCCCAUGUGUAGCUUCGCGCAUGAAGUUGCUAAAACUCGCAAAUUCAAUAUACGGACUCGUUUUUGGAUCGGCCCUGGCCAAAACCGUUGAAGAAAGCCCUUUGGCGGAAUUCCGAGGUUCCGGAAUGUUAUUUACCGAUUUCCCUCUUCGCUUCGGAAAAUGCUACCGCCCUAAAGCGGAAGUCAGAUCUACUAUAUAUUUCAUGUUACUGAAAAGAGUGGGAUUAGAGUUGCGUCUCUCAGAGUCUCCUCCGCUCGAUAUCCUAGAGGGCCUCGACCUACGUCUUGGGCUGUGGCCGAAUGGGGUAUCCUUCGUACUCAGUCCACACGGCUUGUUAUUCUCUACGGAACACACUGACAUCGGGAAUACCACCUUGGUUCACAGGGAGCUUUUCUAUCUAGAGAAACGUUGGCUAGACCAAGACAGAGUGUCUAAGAUAACACAACUUGGUUGGAAGACCUGGACUGGGAUGCCCCAUUCGUUUUGUGUUUCCCACGAUGGACUCUUUGCUACAUUUCUCCAGUCCCAGAGUUCGGAGAACUGUUUCGAUCACGAUUCAGUCUUUAUCGUUUCUCUUGCUAGUCCCAAGGAUACGUAUCGGGUCAGUCUCUUUCCAGCUCAGCAGGGAACAGGUGCUGGCCCUUUGAACCCGCGGAUACUUUCAAUAUCUUGGAGCUCCAAAAGCUCAUCAACUCUUUAUGCUAUCAUAGAUGAGGAAGGUAGCAUGUCUGUCUGGAAGAUUUCCUUGUCUCAAAGUCACGGAACCAGGGCCUGGAAGGGGUUUUACAUGCCAAUAGUACGCGAUGGCUGCACCUCGUCACUGUUUCCUUUAACAGCACCAGGAGGCCAGGAAAACCUCUUGGUGGUCCGAUCAACAUUUGAUAGGGCAGGAAUCAUCGAGAUUGUGUCAAUGGGUGUGGACUGUCCAGCUCGUGUUGACCUGAUCGCUGAGCAUUGCAUUCCAUCCUGUUUUGCAACACAUGACAAGAUCUCCUUCCAGGGUGCCGAGACCACCGUAUCAGCUUUUGUUCAUAAGCCUGGGAGUUUUGAUCCUAAGAAAAGAUAUGCACUGAUCAUUAUACUGCAUGGAGGCCCGAACGAUGCUUGGAGAGACUGCUGGGCGAGGGUCUGGAACCCGUUACUCUGGACAGAUCAAGGUUAUGUGGUCAUCACGCCAAACAUUAGCGGCUCGACAGGAUACGGAGUUCCAUUCGCAUCUUCAAUCUAUCAAAACUGGGGCAACAAGACGCUAAGAGAUCUCGAGUGUCUCUUCUCUCACAUGGAAACAUCCAUGCCGUUCGUCGAUUUGUCUUGCGUUGUUGGAGCAGGCUACAGUUUUGGUGGAUACAUGAUGAACUGGAUAGCGGGGAACAGUCUGUCCGCUCGAUUCUGCGCACUGAUUGUGCACGCAGGGGUGUUUUCCGUCCGGAACUUACUGGGUGGAGACCUGCCUGUCAUUUACAAGGCAGAUUUUGGGUGCUUCCCAUGGGAGGACCCUGAACAGUGGGCGAAGUGGGAUCCAUCUCGCUUAUGCCAAAGUUGGAGAACACCAAUGUUUUUCACUCAUGGAGACAUUGACUAUCGUGUGCCCAUAUCUGAGAGCCUCGCAGCAUACAACACAUGCCAGAUUUUAGGCGUGCCAUCUCAGUUUCUCAUGUUUCCAGAUGAGGGCCACACGAUAGCGAAGUCAGAUAAUCUCGCCCAAUGGCAGGAAAUGAUGAUCAAAUGGGCAGAACGCUGGGUAGGAGACCGACCAGGGAAGAUAUACAAGUAA